CCGGCUUAGCGGAGGGGCCCCAUCUCGGCGCUUCUAACCGUUCUCUUGGGAGCCGCAAAGUAACCUCCGCACCAAUGGCGCCGCGUCAGGCGGUUUGAUUCGGGUUGAUUAUUACACGCGAUUAUGCCGCAGCCUCUCCAGCACUGCAAGCCCGCGAAAUCGGCCUGACACGUGUGACCGCAGCGUGCGAUGCAGCAUGCAUGGAGGCUUCUAACCUUGCAUGUCCAGAUAUGCGGCCCGUUUCCGAGACAUCAAGCUGCCAUCGAGGAUCGGGCAGAGGCUGAACUCUCAUACCAGCCGUUGGUCCUUUUCAUUACCGAGGCGUUCCACCCGUCCAGUAACUAUCCUCCCGAGGAGGAAGAGAAGAAGGUCACGCGAGAAACAUUAGGUUAAUUAAUUCGUGUCCAUCCCGAACAGAAACAGCUUUCAAAAUGAUCACCCGGUUGAAGCCAUUUGUCACUCCCGCCCUCACCGCGGUCAGCAUUCUUCUCAUCUUCGUCUACUUCUCAAAGAUAUGGCUAUUACCCUGUUCUAAUAGCCGGCGCGAGGCUUAUUUCUACCAAAGGCCUCAUAACUACCCUUUUCCCCAGUGCGUAACGCUCGAAGUUGCCCAUCCAACACCGGAUCCCACUCCUCCUCUUCCUCCUCCUCACCGUUCUGGAUUGUUGCCAUCUGCGAGGGACCCAGAAUGCGAGAGAUUCCCGGACACCAGCAAGGUGCUGCUGGUCAUGAAGACAGGCGCAUCCGAAGCCUUUGCCCGGGUGCCCACGCAGCUCCUGACGGUGCUACGGUGCCUGCCAGACUUUCUCAUCUUUAGCGAUAUGGACCAGAAUAUUGCCGGCCAGCAGAUCCACGACAGCCUCUCGACCAUGCUGCCCGGCGUCAAGGAAGGCAACCAAUGGUGUGUCGUCGGCCAGGGGGAAUGCGACAAGCUGGGCGACCCGGCGCGCGAGGGCUGGAGGCUGGACCGGUGCAAGAACGUUCACAUCGCCAAGAAGGCGUACCAGAUGCGCCCCGGCUACUAGUGGUACCUCUUCGUCGACGCCGACACAUAUGUCGUGUGGCCAAAUCUGAUACAGUGGCUCGGGAAGCUGGACCCGAGGAGGAAGCUGUACCUUGGCAGUGCGGCGCGGAUCCGACAGGACGAAGAGACCUUCAUCUUUGGCCACGGCGGCUCCGGCUAUCUCCUCAGCAAGGGCGCCAUGGAGGAGUUUGUCGGCAAGCAUCCGGAUGACGACGUGCUCACCCGCGAGGAAUGCUGCGGCGACUACGUCUUUGCCCGCGCCUUGAAGGACAAGACAGGCUUGAGCCUUCAGCAAAGCGUAGGUCGAUUAAUUAAUACCCACUUAUUUACAAUGCCUAAUUACUUG